UAGAGCGGACGUUUUCCCUCUGCACAGAGCGCUUAGCGCCGGGUCACCGCGCCUCUGCCACCGCGAAGGGUUCCGCUCCACAGAUAACGCCCCGGAGCCAUCCUGACCUCGCUUUCUUUUUCUGCAAACUCAGUGGUUCUUGUAAUAAAACAACAUGUUUUCAACCCAAGUGGCAGAAAGAGGUUGAAUGAUAGUGUUAAGCAGAGAUACAAGACUCUCGUGUGCGUCGCGCAGUCCCGUCAGAGCCCCCUGCACAUAACAAACGCUGAAAUGAGCCCCGUUCCCACGAACUCGCUGCUGUAGCUCGGGUUCGCGCCGCCUUUGGGGGUUUAUUUCCAAAUUCAGCCGGAGCUGUUGCGUGUGUGAGGCGACCGGCAGCCACAAAGCACUCGGAACAAAGACAUCUCAGCCUUAGGACAAACCCCCGCAGCUCGAACCUUCCCCUCGCUCAUCCGCGGGGCCCCACGGCCGCUCCGCCGCCGCCGCCGCCUCCUCGGGCCGACCCGAGCGGGCGGGCGGUUUCCACCCGGACGCGUUGUGCCGCGCACGGCGCCAUGGAGGCUGCCGGGGCCUGAGCGCAGCGCCGCCAUGUUCUGCAAAGCGUUCCGCGUCAGGGCCAGCACCGCCAUCAAGGGCUCCGAGCGGAGAAAGCUGCGAGCUGAUGUCGCGGCCGCUUUCCCGAAUCUUAGUGCUGAGCAGCUGGCAGAGUUUAUUCCUAACAAGGAAGAGCUUAAUGUCAUCAAGAUAUGCACUCACAAAGGGGAGGCCGUCACCGUUUACACGAACGGCAGGAACCCAAUCCUAUUUGAGACUGAAAAAGCUCUGUAUCCCACAGUGUACACUUUGUGGGUCUACCCGGAUCUUCUCCCUGCUUUUUCAACAUGGCCCCCUGUGCUGCAGAAGCUAGCAGGAGGAGCAGAUCUGAUGCUGCCAGGAGUUGUAGUGCCAUCUUCUGGCUUCCCACAAGUGGAGCGGGGCACGCUCUGUGCCAUCACCCUCCUGGGAAACAGAGCUCCUGUAGCAGUUGCAGCUGCUGCUAUGUCCACCGCAGAGAUGCUGGCUGCUGGCAUGAAAGGGAAGGGCUUUGCUGUGUUGCAUACUUACAUGGAUCAUCUCUGGGAAUAUGGUGACAAAUCUUGUCCUCCUACCUUAGCUCCCUUGCCAGCAGAUCCUGCUGAAAAGGAGAACGCUGAAAAUGAGGAAGAGGUGGAGGGGAAAAAGCUUGGCAACAGCAUCUCCACUGACACACUGCAGCACGUGGACAUCGGUGAUUUGAGCCUGAAGGAGCAAAACAGUUGUGCAGUAGUGAUGGGAAAGGAGGAGCUCAACAGAACUGCAGAAACAGCUGAAGAUCACAGUACAGAGGCUCAGCAGGAUGCAGGGGACAGCAGGACACCACAAGAGCAAAUGGAUGCGUUAUUUAAUCAGUGCUUUUUUCAUGCUUUAAAAUGCAAAGUCAAGAAGUCAGAUCUCCCUCUGCUCACCAGCACGUUUCUACGCAGCCAUAUGUUCUCAUGCUGCCCUGCUGGACAGCAACUGGACAUAAAGAAGUCAAGCUAUAAGAAGUUUUCUAAAUUCCUGCAAAGUAUGCAGCGCCAGAAGAUCUUGCAAGUGAAGGAGCUGACCAAAGGCGUGGAGAGCAUCGUGGAGGUGGACUGGAAGCAUCCGGACAUUAAAGCAUUUGCAGUACCCGAAGGAUUUUCUCCAGCCUCUGCUGCCCAAGACAGCAAGAGUGAGGACAGAGAACAAGCGUACCGUGCUCCUGAAAUCAUACCACUCUAUGGAGUCUCAGCAAAAAUGGUCCCGCUCUUUCAGGAAUCUGGACACAGAAAAGGAAGCAUCCUCUCAAGCAGCGAGGUGAGAAACAUCAUCAUUAACUACGUGAAGACUAACGAGUUGGUUGAUGAGACAAACAAAAACUUUGUAAAAGUGAAUGCCAUUCUGUGUGACUGCCUGCUGGAUAAAUCAGAACAGGAUGAAAUCUCACACCUUAAGUGGGACGACCUCCUGAGCAGGUGCCUCGAGCGUCUGCAGCCCUUACACCAGGUGACAUUUUUUGGACAAGAACCUAUUGUGAGGAAAGGAAACAUCGAGCCCAUUGACAUAACCACUGCACAGAGAUCAUCAAAUAAGAAGGUGACAAUUAUCAAGAACCUCGAGCUGUACGGUCUAGACCCACAGCGUGUGGCCAAUAUUCUACAGCAGAAAGUACAGGCCAGCACCACCAUCACCCCAGUGCCUGGAGCAAAAGACAGAGUUCAGGUCCAGAUCCAAGGCAACCAAAUCCAUCAUCUGGCCAAGAUGCUGCUAGAAGAAUACCAGCUACCUCGGAAAUAUAUUCAAGGCCUUGAGAAGGCUCCAAAGCUCGGCCGGAAAAAGUAGGAGAAAAAUCUAUUGUAACAAUUAAUCAGCUCUCAUUAUUUAUAGAAAUGUCCCGCCAGCAGAUCAAGGUUACGUACAGGCCCUAUUCAUUCAAAGCCCUGCAUUUCUACAUGAUCUGGGAUUAUCCCAAGUAAAAAUACUGCUCUAACUGAUCAUUUUUCAUAAAAAUAAAAAGCUGAAAAAAAAAACGAGCUUUAUCCUUUUCCAUA